AUGGCUGCGGGGAGUGUUCCCUCAGAGAUCAUAGAAAGAGAACAAAAAAAGUUACUUGAAAUCCUCCAACAAGAUCCUGAUUCUGUCUUAGAUACAUUAACUGCUCGGAGGCUGGUUUCUGAGGAAGAGUAUGAGACUCUGGAGAAAAUUACAGAUCCCCUGAAGAAAAGUCGAAAGCUGUUAAUUUUGGUACAGAAAAAGGGAGAGGUGAGCUGUCAGCAUUUUCUCAAGUGUUUACUUAGUACUUUUCCAGAGUCAGCUACCAUUUGGGGCUUACGGCAUGAAUUUUUAAAGCAUGAGAAUAUAGGACCUCCUCAGCCUAUAAGGGUAAGCAAGAAUUCAGAAGAUGUUUUUUCCUCUGGAGAGAAACAGCCUGAGAAUCCUGAGAUCACAGUGUCCUUCACAGAGAAAGAACACCUGGUUAUGGGAACCUCUGAAUCCUUCCGGGACAAGAAAACUAGUCAUAAAGAAACUGCUUGGGCCCCCAGGGAAAAUGAGAAGGAAUACAACACACCCAAAGUCAUAUUGCCACCUUCAGUUGAGAACACUGAAUAUGAAAUUCCAGCAACUAUUGUGUAUUUACAGGAUGGACACAGAUACAAGGAGCCAGAUGAUGCUUUGCACUUAGGAAAAGAGGAAUAUCUAGAAUCUCUUGGAUACUCUGAAGAUGCAGAGCCUGCUCUGGAAGAAGAGAAUUAUAAUGACUCAGAGCACAGUGUUUUUGAUGGUGAAGAGGGCUUUGCAUUUUCAGAAACCUCGCACUUCUCUGAUGAAGAACAGAGCUAUGAGGAUUCAGAAACUGGCAUGUCAUCGGAGGAGGAGAAAAGGAUUGAAGAAAGAAAAAACAUGUUUAAAGAUGUCCUGUCAUGUUUGAACAUGGAUAGGAGCAGAAAGGUUCUGCCAGAUGUUGUCAAACAAUUCUCCUUAGAUCGAGGUUGUAUGUGGACCCCUGAGAGUCCAGGAGACUUAGCCUGGAAUUUCCUGAUGAAAGUUCAAGCUCUGGAUGUGACAGCCAGAGAUACAAUCCUCAGACACAAGGUUCCGGGUGAGGAUGGCAAAGAGGAAUUGCUGACUGGAGUAGAGAAUUUGGAAAUCAGGGACAUACAAACCAUUCAUCCCUUUGAUGUUCUUUGUGCCUCUAUGCUCUGCUCAGACAGCUCGUUGCAGCGUGAAGUCAUGUCAAACAUGUAUCAGUGCCGGUUUGCUCUUCCCCUGCUCCUGCCAGAUGCAGAAAACAACAAAAGUAUCUUAAUGCUAGGGGCCAUGAAGGACACUGUGAAAAAGUGGUCAACACAGUCUUCAGGAGGGCCUACAGGGGACACAGAAACGUUUCCAAAGAUGCCUGUCAUCUCUUUUGUGCGCCUAGGAUACUGUAGCUUCUCCAAGUCCAGAAUCCUUAACAGACUGCUUGGUCCUGCCCAACCAGGACAAUCACACAGAAUCUUUCUCCAUCAGGAUUUUACUGUCCCUGUGCUUCCCCGGCAAAUCUCCGAUGGCCUGGUUGAGAUAAUGUGGCAUUUUCCUGAGAGCGAUAGUUUAGAGGAAAACCCUAGUUUUUUCCAAAAACCUGUUGCUCUGGCCAACCUCCGUGGAGACUUAGAAAGUUUUUGGACACAGUUUGGUUUUUUGGUGGAAGUUUCCUCAGCUGUAUUUUUUUUCACUGACUACAUAGGUGAGAAGGAGUGGGACUUGCUAAUGUUUUUAGGAGAAGCUGCCACUAAAAGAUUCUACUUUGUCCUCAGUUCCCAGGCCCAGGAGAGUGAAGAGGCUCAGCUUUUCCAGAGGAUUCUAAAGUUGAAGCCAUCACAGCUACUAUUUUGGGAGGGGGAGGAAGCUGGGGAGAGAGGGAGGAAUAUGGAGGGUCUUCAAGCAGCUCUGCAGGAAGUGAUGUCCUCUUCACUCAGAUGUGUGUCCAUGGAGGACAUGGGCUCCCUGGCCAGGGAGUUGGGAAUCCAGGUAGACCAAGACUUUGAGAAUGUUCAGGGAAUUCACAGUUCCCCUAGUGAAAACCUGGCUGGAAAAGCUAAAGAGGAGAGACAACAAAGAUACAGUCAGCCAGAAAGCUCCUCUGAAAGCCCAUCUGAGACGCCUGUAAGAGAGCCUGGGGCUAGCUGGAAUCUUCAGAAUUUCCACCACACCCCAGUAUUCAUGCCACAUCUGGAAAACUCCUAUCCUUUACCAACCAGAACUGGAGGUGACUUUAACCAUGUUUCUUUGAAAGCCCCCUGGGUUAUGGGCUCCCAUUUUUGGUCAGAGCAAAGGUCUAAGUGGUUCCAUCCCUGGCCCUUUCAGAAAACAUGGGGCUAUGGUCGAGGUAAAAGUUUUAAGUUUCAGGACUUCCGACCCCAGAGAUUUUAUUCACCUGAAAGAUUUAUGAAAUUUUCAAGAACUGCUUGGGGAUAUCGCACGGAUAAAACAUUUGGGAGACCACCAAGACCUAUGUCUCAGCAUGUGCAGGCCUGGCCUGAGAGACCACAGACAAUGGGAGUUCUUGAAAGAUCUGGGGCAGUGGUCUCCCACUUAGGUCACUUACAUUCCCUGAGUUUGCAGCCAACAGGAACAGCUGGGAAGCCACAGCCUAAGCAAGCCUAUACCCAGAGAACACAGCCAACUAGGGCAACUGGGAAGCUUAUGAAAACAAUAUCCCAUAUUGAAGAUCUUUACCCCCAGGCCUUUCAACCAGCAGGAGCCAUACAAAAACCUGUAAGACCUGCUUCUCAGCAAGGAGCCAAACUGAAAACACAGGAUGGGACUUCAAAUCCAGCUUUCCAAAUGGGAUCCUAUCCCAGGUCCAACAGCAGAUGUUUACCCAGCUCCCAAUUCACAUCCAACCAGCCCAAACCAUCCCAGUUCAAGCAAUCCCAACCUUUGCCCUCUCAACCCAAACCCACUCACACAAAACCCACUCAGCCCUGGUCCUCCCAACCCAAGCCAUGCCCACCCCAGGCCUCCCAAUCUAAGCCUUCUCAGCCCAGACCCACUCAGCCCAAGCCAUGCCCACCCCAGGCCUCCCAAUCUAAGCCUUCUCAGCCCAGACCCACUCAGCCCAAGUCAUGUAGGACCAGUCCUUCACAGGCUAAGUCAUACAAUCCAGGAGCAGGGCCCAAGAGGGCAGGGAAACAUUAA